AUGGCAAAUAGGUGGGCAGAAAUUACACCAUGUCGUAAAUAUAAAGUUUCAGGCCCAAAUGCACUGUGGCACAUUGAUGGUCACCAUAAGUUAAUCCACUGGAAAAUAGUCAUACAUGGUGCCAUAGAUGGUUAUACACGUUUGAUUACCUAUUUACAUUGUAGUAAUAAUAAUUACUCCUCAACAGUUUUACAAUAUUUCUUAAAGGCAGUACAAGUUCAUGGUAUUCCUAGUAGGAUUAGAGGUGAUCAUGGAGGAGAAAAUGUUGAUGUUGCUGCUUGGAUGUUGAAUGUUAGAGGCCUUGAUAGAGGAAGUUACAUUGCUGGUAAAUCAGUCCAUAACCAACGAAUUGAGCAAUUAUGGCUGGAUUUGUACAGAUGUAUUGUUAAGGUUUAUGUUGGAAUCUUUUAUUUUCUUGAAGAGCACUAUGGGUUAAAUCCUGAUAGUGAUUUAGAUCUAUUCUGCUUACAUUAUGUAUUUAUACCAAGAAUUGAAGCUUCAUUGUAUAAAUGGGAGCAAUCAUGGAACAACCACUCAGUACAAACAGAAAGUCAUUAUACACCAAGACAGUUAUUUAUAAGAUCUGCAAUAAGUGGGAAUGCUGUUUUAGAUUAUGCUGAUAUAAAUGUUGAUGAUGAAUAUGGAAUAGAUUGGAAUGGACCAACUCCUCAAGUAGAAUAUCAACAAGUAAUUGUUAAUGAGGUAAGAAAUAUUUUGUCACCAUUACAAUUCCAAUAUUUACAACAGUCAGUAGAUGUUACAAAUAGUGAUGGAAAUUAUGGAAUCAACAAAUAUUUAGAAGUACAUAAUUUGUAUGAAAUACAGAAUAUAAUCAUAUUUUUCAAACAACAUGAAUAUAUUAAUGUCAUCACAUGA